UCACAAAAAGACUCAAUCCAGAUAUACGGUUGACAUGUAAAGUGCUCAGUGAUGAGUCAUAUGGAUCAUCGAGGUCAGACGCGAGCUAACUGACAUCUACACGAUAUGUGUUGAAAAGUAUAUUUGACGACCAUCCAAGAUUGGACUUGUAGCCCAACCUAACACAAGUGUGUCAGAUGAUCAGUUGGAAAAGCACACAAAACCUUUAGCAUAGGAACCUACAGAUGCAAUGCACCAAAUGAUGCCAUGGUAGCUAUAAAUAGGCCCGCACCAUGAAGAUCCUCCCUCAUCACCCUUCACACAAACACAAGCAUCAAAGCAAACUUGUAGCCAGCCACCAUGAAGACCAUGCUGAUCCUCGCGCUCAUCGCCUUCGCGGCGACCAGCGCCGUUGCACAGCUGGACACUACCUGUAGCCAGGGCUACGGACAGUGCCAGCAACAGCCGCAGCAACAGAUGAACACAUGUGCUGCCUUCCUGCAGCAGUGCAGCCGGACACCAUACGUCCAGUCACAGAUGUGGCAGGCAAGCGGUUGCCAGUUGAUGCGGCAACAAUGCUGCCAGCCGCUGGCCCAUAUCUCGGAGCAGGCUCGGUGCCAGGCCGUCUGUAGCAUGGCACAGGUCAUCAUGCGGCAACAGCAAGGGCAGAGUUUCACUCAGCCUCAGCAGCAGCAAUCGCAAAGUUUCGGCCAGCCUCAGCAGCAGGUUCCGGUUGAGGUAAUGAGGAUGGUGCUUCAGACCCUUCCGUCGAUGUGCAGCGUGAACAUCCCGCAAUAUUGCACCACCACCCCGUGCAGCACCAUCACCCCCACCAUCUACAGCAUCCCCAUGGCAGCUACCUGUGCCGGUGGUGUCUGCUAAGAUCUGUAAUGUGCUAGCUAGAUCGAUCACCGUUUAGUUGAUCGAUGAAGAGCUACAAAAUAAAAGUGCCAUACGUCAUCAUGUGUGGCCGGUACUAUUGCAACUUGGAAAUAAUAAACCUCUGUUUCUGAAUAAAGCUUUUGUCCGAAUAAAA